ACACCCACACGCGGCAGGCCCCUGGAGUACCAGCCCUAGAGGAGCGGUUGGGGCUGGGCUGCGCGGGAGCGCGGGCGGGGCUGGGAUGUAACGCGCCUGCGUAGUGCUCUCGCCACGCCACCGUUACCGUGGUUACCACGGUUUUUUUUUUUCCGGCUCCCGUGCUACUUAGUGCCUGAAUUUCAGGGUAAACUUUUUAGUCUAAGAGACGAAGCCAUCAGCAAGGAGGAACAUGGGAGCAUAGAAAAUAGAGCAGAAAAGAACCUCUACGUGGAAAAUAAUACAGUGCAUCUAAUCUUGUCACGGAAACAUGGAAUCUCAAAACAGCUCCACGAAAUGAAUGAGAACCUCACUUCUUCAUAGAGAAAGUUAACCAUGAAGGGAACUGACAAUGUCUCUGUAUUGUGGAAUACCUUAUAAGAGAAAAAUGUUACGGUGCUAUAGGUUUCUGUCAACCUAUGUCACCAAGACACGGUAUUUAUUUGAACUGAAAGAAGAUGAUGAUGCAUGUAAAAAGGCCCAGCAGACAGGAGCCUUUUACCUCUUUCAUAGCCUGGCUCCUUUGCUUCAGACAACAGAACAUCGAUACAGGGUACCCCGGCUUAGCCUACUAGAGGUAGAAAGACUCCUGGACAAGUUUGGCCAGGACGCACAAAGAAUAGAAGACUCUGUGCUGAUUGGAUGUUCUGAACGGCAUGAAGCAUGGUUUGCCCUGGAUUUAGGUCUCAAUAGCUCCUCUUCCACACAUGCCUCCUUACCAAAAUCAGAAAUGGAGACAGAGCUCAAGGGGUCUUUCACUGAGCUGAGGAAGGCUAUCUUUCAGCUGAAUUCAAUGGAUUCCUCCUUGCUAUUCACGGCCCAGGCUCUUCUCCGAUGGCAUGAUGGUCACCAGUUCUGCAGCAGAAGUGGGCAGCCCACCAAGAAAAAUAUUGCGGGUAGCAAGCGUGUGUGUCCUUCCAAUAACAUCAUCUAUUACCCACAGAUGGCUCCUGUUGUGAUUACUCUGGUGUCAGAUGGGACCCGAUGCCUGCUUGCACGCCAGAGCUCCUUUCCCAAGGGAGUAUAUUCUGCCUUGGCAGGCUUUUGUGAUAUAGGGGAAAGUGUGGAAGAGGCUGUUCAGCGGGAAGUUGCAGAAGAGGUGGGACUAGAGGUGGAAAGCAUGCAAUACUCUGCAUCUCAGCACUGGCCCUUUCCUAACAGCUCACUCAUGAUUGCUUGUCAUGCAACUGUAAAACCAGGGCAGACAGAGAUCCAUGUGAACUUCAGGGAACUAGAGGCAGCUGCCUGGUUUAGUUAUGAUGAGGUCGCCACAGCACUGAGGAGAAAGGGGCCCUAUAUUCAGCAACAGAAUGAGACUUUCCAGUUCUCAGUACCCCCCAAGUUAGCCAUUGCCCACCAACUGAUUAAGGAGUGGGUGGAAAAACAGACAUGAGCUUCCUUGCCUGCUUAGCUGCUCUCCUGGAUGUUGCCAAAGGACAUACUGGAGACGCACUGUGAAGGGGAGGUGACAAAAGGACUAACUCCAAGCCAGACAUGUUGGCAGAUGCCUGUAAACUUAGUUUGUGACCCAGAGGAAAGACUAUGACUUUACCAUGCUUUUCCUAAACAAAAUAGUCAUGACAUUUGCACACCCGGAAAAUGUUGAUUAACCUCAAUUAAAGAUCAGGACCAUUUCUUGAACCUAUGGGAUAAACUAAAUCUCCUUUUGAUCCCAAAAGUUCAACGCUAUCUUCAUCACCAGAGAGCCAUCAUUGCCAUGGGGAAAUAAAAGUGCCUUCAGCUAGAAUCUUUGAGAUAAUAUGAGCUAGGACUUGACUGUCCUUUUAGUUUGGCAGCCUGCCUUUACCUGGAGUGAACUCUGCAUUUAGAAGGAAAACACAUUCACGAAAAAGAGGGCCUGCCUGAGAUUUCUUCAUAUCUUGCAGUCAGAAGAAAACAGUUCAGGGUCCAUGUGUAUUACUGUCUCCCAAUCGUUUCUGUCUCUGUGGUGUGUUUGUGAGCACAUGUGUACACAUCCCUAGUCUGAAAAUACUGAUAGAAGGGGGAAGGAGUGCAGAGUUCCUGGUUAUGAAUUUCUCAAACUUACCAUGGAGUAACUGUUUGCUUUUUGAUUAAUGUGUUUUUUGGAAAAGCAAAAUGAGAAUGACUAAUAGAAGCUGCAACAUUGAAGUUUGUUUUCCCAGCACCAGCACUAAGAGGGCAUUGUUAUACAAUAUGUGAAAGCCGAUGCAGAACAAGGGAGGGUUGUUGUACUAAAAAUGGCAGACAACUCAUGCAGGGCUACCUGAGUAGAGGACAUAUAUAUGGCAAAGAAUUACAAAGGCGCUAUAUAUGGACAAAUAGAACCUAGCUGAGACUAUGAUGCAGACUAGCAAAAACAAGCAAUACCAUGGAUCUUGACAGAUGAUUGUACUUCUAUUGUUUUUACUUUCAUAAGCAAGAUAUAGUAAGGGAAUCUUUUUGCUAAUAGCAGGAAAGAAAAAAAUCAAGAGAUACUAUAAAAACAUGGUCAGUAUAUGGAGCUGUUUAUAGAUAAGAUUUGAUUCGUUUCAGGAGAAAAUGAAGAUCAUAUGAAAUAACCACUGUUCCUAGUAACAGAGUUGUUAGUUGUAUUAAAUAUCAAAUCACAAUUUAAACUAGAAUCACUGUAUGAAAUAUCCAAAACAGGCAAAUCCAUAGAGACAGAAAGUAGGUUAAUGGUCUCUAAGGAGCUGAUAAGAAGAGACAGGGAUGAUCAUUAAGGAGUACAGGAUUUCUCUGUGGGGUGAUGAAAAUACUGUGGAAGCAGAUAGUGGUGACGGCUGCAUCGUUCUGUAAAUACACUAAAAACUGGAAUUGUACACUUGAAAGAAAAAUUUUUGGUAUGUGAUUAUGUUAAAAUAGAGCUGUUUAAAAAGUAAGUUCUUGAGCUGGGGAUUUAGCUCAGUGGUUCUGCCUCCUGCCUCGCAAGCUCAAGGACCCGAGUUCGAUCCCUGGUACCCCCCACAAAUAAAGUAAGUUCUUUAUCUUGAUUUAGGAGUAUACAAGCAAAAACUCACUGAUCGUACACUUCAGUUCUGUACAUUUUAUGCCUCAUUUAAAAAGUUCAGGAAAAAAACCAGAAUAAGCUAGAAUUUUGCCAACCUGGAAUUUUGUAUUAUAGAUAAAUGCACAUAAGGGAGAAAUUAUAUAUUCAGAAUUACACCAACGGAGCACUGUGUGGUAUUUUCUUAACAUAGAAUGUAUAAAUCUCAACUCAGAAGCUGUUCUGUGGCUUGAUCCUAUCUUGCUGAUUUCAGAACCUCAUGUCUACCUGAGUUAAGAUCACAAAGAACUGUACAGAGGACAAGAUUCUGGACAUGGGAGAAAACACCCUGUGCAACUUGCAAUGAAGAAACAUUUUUACUGCAUGAGUAAACUAGAAAUGAAUACAGUCAGACUCAUCGUUUAUUUAAAGAGAAAAACAAAGCUAGAUACAUCAGCUAACCUUUCACUGGCUUACUUGUAA